CGAGGUGGGUGGCCGAGUGACCCAUCUCACUCGCCAUCACUCACCCUCCAAUUCUCUUCCAUACCUCCUCUCCUCCCUCCCAGCCUCACCUCACUUCGUGCAUGGUCUUCACUCUUCUUCAGAGUAGAGAGAGGACGAGGAGCAGAGGAGGAAGAAGAAGAAGAGCAGGGGGCGGCGGCAGCGGCAGCGGCAGCAGCUUCCGCCGAUGUGCUGCUACGUGGGCAAGGCCACCAAGAUCUUCCUGUGCCUGGUGGCGGCGCUCCUCGUCGCGGGCCUCGUCCUCGGCUUCGGCCUGGCCCGCCACACCUGGGGAGCCGACAGGGCCCAGCCAGCAGACUGCCGCUGGCCCGACUGCCAGCAGCAGCAGGGCUCCGCGUACGGCGGCGACCCGCUCCUCCCGGCCACCACGCCGACCAACCCGCUCACGCAGCCGGCCGUCGCCGCGUUUCCCGGUGCCACUACCACCCCGUCGUCCUCCUCCUCCGCCGGCGUCGCGGCGCCGCCCACGGGCGGACCGUACUUUGGGCCGCCUGGCCCGUUCGUCGUGGGCCUCGGCCCAGCUGCUGGAGGCCGCCGCUGAAGCCGCUGGAGGCCUGACUGCCUGAGGCGAUGCGACCUGCCUUUUUGACUUUUGCUCGUUAUUAGUCGUAGUCUUCUCCCUUUCUGGAAUCACCGUUUCAAUAUAGUUUAUUAUCAAUUUUUUUAAUUCUUAUUAGGUUUCCACUAGUUUUUGACUCGUUUCGCUGUACAAUACAAUUUGGUAAAUUACUCCGAACUUCACCCUUUUUUUUCC